AUGGAUCCUGCUGGCGAGAGCGACCUCACCAAUAAAUGCAUCUAUUGUAGAGGUGUUGACACUGAUAGUCAACCAUGCAACUGCGAGGAAUUUUUCACCGAGUCACAGGACAUGGCUCAUUGUGUGGAGUGUGGCCAUGGCCGUAGCAAGCACCCUCGCAAGGUAUCAGGCUACACAUCAGAAAAUGUCCAAGAUGAACCUCGCCCAAGUUCAUCGGCCGCUGUCAAGAAGAUAAUGGAUCGAAUAACUGGUGCAAGUGUUAAUGACAAGCUGGUCACCACGAAGCAAGGGAGCCUGCCACUCACCGCUGCCCGAGAAGAAGCCCUAUCAAUGUUGUCUUCUACUCGGAUUGCCAGUUACAAUAAGUUGGCCAAGGGUCCUGCGCCAUCAACUGGCUUGCGCAAGGAUCACAAAGAAACUAACCCAUACCCAAUGAAUGGCUUCCUCAGAGAAACCAAAGCCCCAGGCAAGGGUGGGCAAAAGGAAAUACAGGCUAUGAGGAACCACGGGUGCUACCUUGACCAGCAAUUUAGAAUCGAUAAUGGAUGGACAUAUUUGACGAUCACAAGAAACCUAUGUACUUGGUUUCCAAAGGUCUUUGAAUACCUGGAUGGGCAAGUUGACAAGCGAGCAUCACAACCACCCACCCGAGAAGAUAAACCUAUUUGGCGCCUCCUCAACAAGACCGGACUGCUGUUGACAGUUGUUGAUGUUGCAUUUCCAACUGGAAGCGACCUUGCAAAACACAAGGGACGAGAUAAAGCCAGUGUCAAUGACUGUCAUCUCUGGUUUGUAACAAGGAAUCAAGUCCCUGAGAACGUUUAUGAAUCCUGGAACACGCAACCUAUCAUAGCGGGCUCAGAUUCCAAACAUGAUUGCAGUGACCAGCUUUUGUCCAACACAGACAGUUCAGUCGACGAUAAGUCAGACAACGAGCUCACGACAGCUAGGCAUAGCAAUCUUGACCCAACAUUUGAAGAGUACUUUACAGAGUUCUCUUCUUGUUGUGUUUCCCACACCGAUGAUGAAGUCAAGCACUCAGACUCCAAAGGUAAAAUGACAGCUAUAUUGCCAAGGGGGACUAAUCACAUGAAAAGAGCUCUUUCUCCUGAUGAAUCACCAUUGGAUGCGAAGAGAGUGGUUCAAAAGAAACUCAAGAAAGAUUCGUGUUCGUCACUCCACCUGUUUCCCAUCAUUCCACUAUUCUUUAUGGACUCAGGAAGUUCAAGUUCUCAGGCCCCUUUGUCAACCCAGCCUACUCAAUCCAGUAGCCUCCAAACGGCCUCAUUUCGCAGUCAAGUGCCUGCUGCCGUCCUGGGGCUCAAGAAUGAAUUAUCACCUCCACUUGAAUUUGUGUCAGUCAGUAAGGAUGAUGUCGUGUGGCGCAACAAAACAGAAGAUGAUGACCCCUUCGCACCGGAAUGUAUUAAUCCUUGGGAUUCUUGUUAUAUGAUGAUUCAGAACCCUGCUACCUUUCUCGUCUGA